AUGGAGCACUCACCCAAGCCUCCAAGUCGACCUCGAUAUGCUACCAUGAGAGACGAUCAGGAACGUGAUGACCAAGGAGAAAGGGCUCUUGAUGAGCAAGGUGUGAAAUUCUCCCAAAGAUCAAAACCUCCCCGUCAAGUGCGUGAUUCCCACCGCGCUUCUGAACCUCGCCGCGACCGUCCAUCCACAAGACCAGAUCCCCGUUCAUCCCGCCGUCGCCGUCAUUCACGCGAUCGUAGUCGUGAUCGCGCUCCUCGUCCAUCGCCCGAUCCCUUACGUCGAGGCCCAGAAGUUAACGACCUUAUCCCUCGCUAUCGAGAGCGACGCCGCGAAAUAGAUGAUAAGUCACGCCGUCGGAGCCGCAGUCGAAGUGGAAGUCGCGAUCCAACAACCAGGGCUUCUCCAGCAGCAUCUAAGCGACAUCAAAGCCGUAGUCCGUCUUUGACCGGGUCCAGUCGAAAGAAGUCUAGAAGAGAUCGAAGUCCUCGACCGAGGACAAGGGAUUAUAGCCCCGAGUCUGCUUCAAGGAAGCACGGUCGACACCCCUCACGGGGACGACGCCAAACAUCGCCUCGCCAUCACAUACGGACUUCAAAAUCCCCAAUGCGAUCACGUCUUAGAUCUCCAGCAGAAUCAGAAUCAGGCUCCCGGCGUGCAGAUAGAGAAGGAGGGCCCGGGCAACAGUCACAGAGUCGGUCACCUAUGUCAGAGUAUCGAACAUCUUCGGCGCGGCGAGUUCAGCCAUUACCUAUUGAGGGUCAACGUGAACCAGACUACGAGCAACAGUCCUCGCGGAGACAGCAUCUGCCAAGAUCACCUCACGUUAGCAAAGAACGGCGAUCUCGAGAGGGAUCACCUGGCUGGCGCCACUCUUCAAGGUCUGAUAUCGACGAUGACAUGACUUCCCGAGGCAAUCCUCGAGGAAGUUACAAUCAUAUGUACCCAUCAAAGCCACACAUAGGUAAUGAUCCAUAUGGUCAAUCGCCUCAAAACUCGUAUCACAACUCGCCGUCACGGUCACCUUACGGAUCAUCUCGCGGCGGUAGGAAUGGCCAACAGUCUCAUCCUCAAGGAAGUAACUAUGGCCCACCAAGCGGGCCCUCAAGUCAAUAUCACCACAAUCCAUCACGAUCCCCUCCACAUUCUGCCCCUACUGGACCCAUGCAGCAGUAUCCUCAAGGAGGAAGUUAUCGCGGAGGUUAUCGAGGCGGCGGCUUCCGGGGUGGUUCUUUUGGCAACCGAGGUAGAGGAGGUUUUAAGAAUUCCCACUGGAACCAAGGUCCUCCCCAACGGGGGCAUCAUGACGACUUGGGCAACGGACGGUUCAGUAACGUGGACGAGCCCAGCGCCAUGGACAUCGACCGCAUGGAUGAUGGAGAUGAGUCUUAUCAAACUCAUGAUCGAAAUGCUGAAGAUGGGGCAGACGGUUUGGCCACCCCUAACAGACCACCCCCAACGGGUCCAGGCUCGCAAUCGCAGUCAGGGGGAUCCGGUGGCAAAUUUAGUUUUGCUUUCAAGCCAUCUUCAAAACCUGCCCUUACAGCACCAAAGCCCGAAAUAUCUCAAAAACUAAACGCCGCCCCCCGAAGAGAUGCUCAAAAGGACAGCCGGGACAAUGACCGCGACCGCAGUCGGGACCACGAUCGAGAAAGAGAAAGAGACAGAGAUAGGGAAAGGGAAAGGGAAAAAGAACGCGAAAAGGGCAGAGAGAGGGACAGGGAUCGAGAGCCUCCACGAAGUGCGCCCACAGAACCAGCAUCAUCGCGAUCACGACAUGAUCGCCGCCAGCCUCCGGAGGGCCCAAGGGUAACGCCUCGAAUGCGCAAAGUGAAGAAGAUGAUGAAGCGGCCAAAGCCAAGACCGACUCUCCCAGGCGAUUUGGUGGAUUCGGAGUCUGUUUUCUUCAGGAAACCUGGCAAUGAGUCCGUCGUUGGCUCCGGCACUUAUGGUAAGGUCUUCAAAGGAUUGAAUGUCUACACCAAAGGAAUGGUCGCUCUAAAGAAAAUCCGCAUGGAGGGUGAACGUGAUGGCUUCCCUGUUACGGCUGUGAGAGAAAUCAAGCUCCUUCAGUCGCUCAGACACGUCAACAUUGUGAACCUCCAGGAAGUUAUGGUUGAGAAGAACGACUGCUUCAUGGUGUUUGAGUACCUGUCGCAUGAUCUCACGGGACUUUUAAAUCACCCGACUUUCAAGCUGGAGGCUGCACAGAAAAAGGACCUUGCCAAGCAAAUGUUCGAGGGAUUGGACUAUUUGCACACAAGGGGAGUCCUUCAUCGUGAUAUCAAAGCGGCAAACAUUCUUGUGAGUAACGAAGGAGUGCUCAAGAUCGCAGAUUUUGGUCUUGCUCGUUUCUACGCCAAACGUCACCAGCUAGACUACACCAACCGAGUCAUCACUAUCUGGUAUCGCUCGCCUGAGCUUUUGCUGGGCGAAACCAAAUAUACUGCUGCUGUCGACGUCUGGAGCGCAGCAUGCGUCAUGGUUGAGAUAUUCGACCGAAAUGCUAUCUUUCCCGGAGAUGGUACUGAGUUCAACCAACUGGAGAAGGUCUACAACGUUAUGGGUACCCCGAACUUGAAGGAUUGGCCAGGCCUGGUUGAAAUGCCUUGGUUCGAGCUCAUGCGGCCGACUGUCAAGAAGAAGAACAUCUUUGAAGAAAAGUAUCGCGAGAAGAUGUCUCCAGCAGCUUUCGAGUUGCUAUCUGCCAUGUUUCAUUACGACCCAGUCAAACGACCCAGCGCUUCCGAAGUACUUCAACAUACCUACUUUACUGAGGAAGAGCCACCAGCUCGGCAAGCCACAGAACUCUCUACUCAUAACGACUGGCAUGAAUUCGAGUCAAAAGCUCUCCGAAAGGAAAAUGACCGACGUGAAAGGGAGGCCCGAAAGCUGGCCAAAGAAGGUGCUAGUAGGGAUGCGGAUAGGGAUAAAGACAAGAAACGCAUCAAUGAAGGAAUCGACCAGCCAGACCCAAAGCGGUUACAGGUUGACAAGAAUGGUGGAAAUAAGCCUACACCGGCAGCAACCUCGUCAAAGCCCACUGAGGCAUAG